AUGUCAUACACAGUUGCAGAGAAACCAUCUCUUGCAGAAUCAAUAUCAAAAAUUUUAGCACCUAAUGGACAAUGUAAUACAAGAAAAUCAAUUACACCAGUUCAUGAAUAUACAAGUGAAUUCCAUGGUAAAAAAUCAAAAUUUAAAUUUACAUCAGUUAAGGGUCAUGUUUAUGGUUUGGAUUUCACUCAGACACAUAAUAAUUGGAAUAUUGAUCCAUUAACAUUAUUUACUGCUCCAACUAUGAGAUCAGAGACUGAUGGCAAAAUUUGCAAACAUCUUAAUAAUGAGUCAAAAAAUAUUGAUUAUCUUGUACUUUGGUUGGAUUGUGACAGAGAAGGUGAAAAUAUUUGUUUUGAGGUGAUUGAUAAUGUUAUACAUAAUAUGAAAUCAUCAAUUGAUGGUAAAACUAAAAAUCAAAGAAUAUUAAGAGCAAAGUUUUCAGCAAUUACUUAUGAAGAUAUUCAUAAAGCAAUGAAUAAUUUAGGUUAUCCAAAUAAAAAUGAAGCCUUAGCUGUGGAUGCUCGUCAAGAACUUGAUCUUAAAAUUGGAUGUGCUUUUACUAGAUUUCAAACAAAAUUCUUUAAUGAGAAAUAUGGAAAUCUUGAUUCUCGAGUUAUUUCAUAUGGUCCAUGUCAAACUCCUACUUUAUCAUUCUGUGUAUCAAGACAUGAUCAAAUACAACAUUUUAUACCAGAAAAAUAUUGGACUUUAUCAUUAACAAUUUCUAAAGACAAUGCCAAUAUAUCUUUAAAAUGGAAAAGAUCAAGGAUUUUUGAUAGAAAAAUUGCUAAUUUAUUUUUAAAAAUGAUAGAAGAAAACUCAAAAGAUAUAAAAGUAACUGCCAUUACAUCUGAAAUAAAAACAAAAUAUAGACCAGUUGCAUUAAAUACUGUUGAAUUAUUAAAAUUUGGUUCUUCAAAUCUUGGAAUUAGUCCACACGAAAUGAUGUCACAUGCAGAAAAACUAUAUAUGCAAGGGUAUAUUUCAUAUCCAAGAACAGAAACAACAAGUUAUCCACGAAAUUUUGAUUUAAUUUCUGUUUUGAAAACUCAAGCCAACAGGAGGAAAAGAUGUGAUCAUCCUCCUAUAACUCCAAUGAAAUUAGCAAAUGAAGGUGACUUGCAUGGUGAUUUGUGGAGAGUCUACUCUUUUAUAACAAAGUAUUUUCUUGGAUCUAUAAGUAAAAAUAUUAAAUUGAAAGAAAAUACUAUUUUAAUAAAAAUUGCAAAUGAAUCUUUUGAAAUUACUGGAGCUAAAGUCAUAGAACCAGGUUUCUCCAAAAUAAUGCAUUGGCGUAAACUACCAAAUGAUGAAAAUUUGCCUGAUUUUCGUAAAGGAGAAAAUCUAAAUUUGGUAAAUUAUAAAUUAACAGAAGGACUAACAAGCCCACCAGAUUAUUUUACAGAAAGUGAAGUCAUUGGAUUGAUGGAAAAACAUGGAAUUGGUACAGAUGCAUCCAUACCAACUCAUAUUAAUAAUAUAUGCCAAAGAAAUUAUGCUACAGUUAAAGGAAAUGACCGUAAAAUUGAUCCUGAUUUGUCACUUCCUACAAUGAGAAGUGAUAUUGAAAAACAAUUGAAUUAUAUUGCAUCAGGAAAAGCUGAAUUUUCAAAAUUUUUAGAAUAUUUUCUAAAAUUAUUUGCUGAAAAAUUUAAAUAUUUUGGAGAGAAAAUUGAUUUAAUGGAUGAAUUAUUUGAAGCAAAUUUUUCUCCACUUGCCUCAGUUGGUAAAGUAAUGUCAAAAUGUGGUAAAUGUAGAAGACCUCAAAGAUUGCAUUGUUCAGUCUGUAAUGAAACUUAUUCAUUACCACAAAAUGGGAAUAUCAAGUUAUUUAAAGAAUUGAAAUGCCCUCUUGAUGAGUUUGAACUUUUGACAUUCACAAAUUUAGAUGGAAAAACCACCAUCAUAUGUCCCUACUGUUACAGUAAUCCACCAUUUGAGAAUGUUAAAAAAGGUAUUCAAUGUUUACAUCCAACUUGUACUUACUCUUUAAUAACUAAUACAAUUUGUCAAUGUCAAAUGUCAACUGAUUUUAUUGAUUGUAAGGGUAAACUAAUAUUGGAUCAAACUUCAUCUACUAAUUCAUUUAAAUUAUAUUGUACUAUUUGCAAAUCAAUUGUGAAAUUUAAAGAUACUGUAAAAGGUACGUAG